UAUCAUAAACCAGCAGCUGAACCCUAUGUUACACCAUUUCUUUCUGAUCAUCCUCGUCAUGUCUUUAAAAAUAUUAUAGAAAAUGCACUUACCAAGGCCGUUCGGUAUUCAUCUACAAUACCAGUAUUUGAAAACGAACAACAUCGUAUUAAAUUAAUGCUAUUAUAUAAUGGGUAA